AUGACACUUUCAACUAAUCACCAUUUCAUACUAUCAGUAAGCUUGCAAACAUUUUGUGAAAUGUUGACAAGGAUGUCACCUUGCCCAAGGGUUCCAUUCAUGCCUCUGCGGCGACUGUCUCCCUUCGGCCGCAGUUGA